AUGAGCUUUACCUCUUAUCUCCAGGCGAGCCGCUUAACGGUGAUCGGAGCGAAAUCUCCGGUAGAUCGCCGCCGUAGAGCGCUUGAGAGAGUGGAUAAAGAGCUCUCCAGAGGAAAUUACGAAUCCGCUCUCUCUCUCGUCAAGCAGCUCAAAGGAAAACAUGGCGUCCUCUCUGCCUUCGGCUCCGCCAAAUUGCUUCCCAAGAAACUAACAGUAUUGGAGAAAUUCGAUCGACCGGAGCUUGUGUCUUUGAUUGAUUCAGUCUCGAGGAGCAUUGAAUCGGUUUCUUCAGAAGAGAUUUCAGUGAGAAUAUCCAAAGAGGACGAAACAAAAACGUCACCUGAAGAAGAUUGGUUCUCUAUUGUGCAGCACGAAUCUGGGCAUUUUCUCGUUGGUUACUUGCUUGGGGUUCUUCCAAGACGUUAUGAAAUACCAAAUGUGGAAGACAUGAGGCACAAUGUGUCCAGUGUGACCGGGAGAGUUGAAUUUGUAGGUUUUGAGUUCCUCAAAGAAGUUGGUGCUGCAAACCAGUUUAUGCAAGAUCAUGUCCACACACGAUACAAACACUCUAUCGAGACACUGAACAACUUUUCAUGUGUGAUACUUGGAGGAAUGGUGACAGAACACAUACUAUUCGGAUACUCGCAAGGUUUCUACUCAGAUGUUGACAAGUUGAACAAUGUUCUGCGAUGGCGAGGAUUGACAGAAUCAGAAAAGGAAGAUCAUAUAAGAUGGGCUGCUUCAAACACCGUCUCUUUACUACAUUCUCACAGUGAAGCAAGAGCAUCACUUGCAGAAGCAAUGUCUAAAACUAAACCUAUUGGUGCUUGUAUUGAAGCUAUCGAAUCCGCAAUUUCCAGACAUCAAAUGUAA